CGGUGCCUGCUGGGACUCCAAGCUUACUGGUUCUUUCUUAUUAGAGGUAACAGCCCGGCCGGCCUCAUAAUCGUUUCGGGGUUCGGUGGGCAGAUCGGGGGCGGGGUUGUGUGACGACUCUCGACCCUCCACGCCACCACGCAGCGUCCCCAGCUUUGGACAGUAUGACGACCCUGGGGACCAGCAGCCAGACUGUGACCGAAUAUGUUGUUCGAGUCCCCAAGAACAACCCCAAGAGGUACAAUAUCAUGGCUUUCAACGCAGCUGACAAAGUCAACUUCUCCACCUGGCACCAGGCCAAGAUGGAACGGGAUCUGAGCAACAAGAAGAUCUAUCAGGAAGAAGAAAUGCCAGAAUCUGGGGCCGGCAGCGAGUUUAAUCGGAAGCUCCGGGAUGAGGCCAGGAGGAAGAAGUAUGGCAUCAUUCUCAAGGCCUUCAAGGCCGAGGACCAGCCCUGGCUACUCAAAGUCAAUGGCAAAACAGGCAGGAGGUUCAAGGGAGUAAAGAAGGGUGGUGUGACAGAAAACACCUCCUACUACAUCUUUACCCAAUGCCCUGAUGGGGCCUUUGAAGCCUUCCCUGUGCACAACUGGUACAACUUCACUCCUCUGGCCCGGCACCGCACACUCACUGCAGAGGAGGCUGAGGAAGAAUGGGAAAGGAGGAACAAAGUCUUAAACCACUUCAGCAUCAUGCAGCAGCGUCGACUGAAGGACCAGGACCAUGAUGAGGAGGAGGACGAGCUUAAAGAGAAGAAGAACCGGAAGAAGCCCAGUGAACUCCGGAUCCAUGACCUGGAAGAUGACCUGGAAAUGAGCUCUGAUGACAGCACUGCCAGUGGGGAGGAGGGGGAGAAGGUCCCCAAGACCAAGAAGAAGGCAGCUGCCUCCAGGGGGGGCAAGAAGAAGAAGAAGAAGGGCUCUGACGAUGAGGCCUUUGAGGACAGUGAUGAUGGGGACUUUGAGGGCCAGGAGGUGGACUACAUGUCAGAUGGAUCCAGCAGCUCUGAUGAGGAGGCAGUAGGGAAACCCAAGGUGGUCAAGCAGGAGGAGGAUGGCCCUAAAGGCAUCGAUGAACAGAGUGAAAGCAGUGAAGAGAGUGAGGAGGAAAAACCACCAGAGGAGGAGGAGAAGGAGGAAGAAGAUAAGAAGGCACCUACCCCACAGGAGAAGAAGAGGAGGAAAGGAGACAGCAGUGAGGAGUCAGACACCUCUGAGGAGAGUGACAUUGACAACGAGGCAUCCUCGGCCCUCUUCAUGACAAAGAAGAAGACCCCCCCCAAGAGGGAACGCAAGGCCUCAGGCAGCAGCUCCAGGGGAGACAGCCGCCCAAGCACACCCAGCGUAGACAGUGGCAGCACCUCCUCCACACUUCGGGCAGCUGCUAGCAAGCUGGAGCAAGGGAAGCGCCAGAUGGGACCCAGUGAUACGCCUGCCGCCAAGCGCCUGAGGUUAGAUGCUGGGCCCCAGAGCAUCUCAGGGAAAUCCACUCCCCAGCCCCAGUCUGGCAAAUCCACGCCCAGCAGUGGUGACGUGCAGGUGACAGAGGAUGCAGUGAGACGCUACCUGACCCGAAAGCCCAUGACCACCAAAGAUCUGCUGAAGAAGUUCCAGACCAAGAAGACGGGGCUGAGCAGCGACCAGACGGUCAAUGUGCUGGCCCAGAUCUUGAAGCGCCUCAACCCUGAGCGCAAGAUGAUCAAUGACAAGAUGCACUUCUCCCUCAAGGAGUGAGGCCCAGGCUGGACACAGGAGGUCCUCAGGCCUGCCGCUCCUCCCCCCCCCCCCCCGGGAGGGGGGAAUAAAAGCUGCUCAUGCUUUUUCUCUCUG